CCGCACCCGCAACAUCGACCUACAGGUCCCACCGUCCAUCCUUCUACCAUUACCGAGUGGAAGCAUGGUCUCCGUUGCCUCAACAAGCUCGCGGCUCAGAAUCCUCAUUUCGAAACCUCCAUCCAAAAGCUCAUCAAGGAUCAAGAGCGCAACGUGAAAGACUGGGACAACGGCCGCCAACGCCUUAUCGCCGAGCAGCGAGCAAAACGGGAAAAUGAGUUAUCUCAGAGAGCAGCCAUCAAUCUGCCGGGACUUCUCGACAAUGCGCCACUCCUUCGUACUCCAGAGCGGGACCAGGAAGAGCUCAACGAGUACUAUCAGAAGGUGUACCGUGCUUGCCGUCAGAUGUCUGAGUCUCACAAGAAGGAACUGCAGCGCUUGGGGGUUCCGUUCUUUUGCUUGAGGUUUGAUCUACUGCGAGCCGAUGAUACGAAGACGGUAUCUUCGCCUCACGAAGAUGACGAACAGGAGAAAGAGGUGUCUGCCUCGUCAGACGGAACUAUCACAGAAAGCGAGCUUUUGGUGCUGCAGAAGAAGAUGCUGAAUCACUUGAUGGAGCUGUAUGGAGAUUGA